CUACAGUACCUAUUUUGCACAGCCGACAGAGACAGAAAGGGAUAAGAUUGUGAAGCUCUCUCAUAAUAAUAUCGGAUACAAGUGUGCUGGAACGCGGUCUAUGCUAAUAGAUCCGGUGGUGUCGGCGUACGACCACAGCAUAAGCCGGCUCUGCUGAACUCGAACCCGCGCGCGCCGUUAGGACACGUUAGGAGGAAACUGAGAGCAGGACAGCAAUCAUACUAUGAGCGGUGCUUCACCGUCCCCACCAGACUCGUCUCUAGAUGAAGCCACCGAAGAAGGAUUCAUACUGGCGAGUAUCAACACUCUGCUGAACCGCGUGGGUAUUUCUGCCAAGCCCAUCAACUCGUUCGAGGAGCUUCGCAAGAGCGCGUCCAGCAUGUUUGUUGCCAUCUUCGAGGCCAUGUUCCAGGUCCGGCAGCGAGGAGUCGUGCGGAAGCCGGCGCACGUCCACAACUACGUCCACAACGCGCAGAUGGUGGUAGAUGCUCUCGCCGGCCCGAUCCUGAACAUGGACCUCUCACACAUCACGGGAGAGGCGAUUGUCAGGGGUGAUACUGUGGCCAUACGGAACCUGGUGGACAUCUUCAUGGGGAUCAGCGAGGUUGUUAUCAAGCGCCAGGGUGAGAACUCCUUGCUGAAUUUUGGGCUGGAUCUCGUCGAAGGCUCAAGGCCCGCCAGGGCCAGCCGCAACUUCAACAACAGCAGAACCAAGCGCAGCACCAUGGCACAAGCUCACACCCACCACCUACGGCUAGCCGUUUCAGUCGUCACGGCCAGGUACCCGUAGUAACCGUAGUGAGCUAUUUGCUGUGUUCGCGUCUUUAGGUGGGAAAUCAACUGAUCUUAUCCAUCCCUGCUGACUGAUGGAUGAUACUAACUUUUCGUAGCUGUAAAGACCAGGUUUCUCACAGGCUUUCGUACGGCAUCAUCGAAUUGUUUGUAGGCACGGCACCACACCGGUCCUUGGGCAACCACACUAUAUUAACACGCCUGGCUCCGCAUCGAAUAUAUAUGACACAUUUUUUAGUAAUCUAUGUUGAACCAAACGCAACAAAAUGAUGGCGACGUCAUGUAGGCUGUAUGAACACAUUUGCUCGGAGCCAAAAACUAGGUGAACUCGUCGUCGUUUGCGCUAGAGAGCAAGUUAAGUGGACAGAUCAGGAGCAAGUCGAAAACAUAUGUCAGUAGUUUGGAGUUGUUCGCAGACGUUGCGUGAGGUACAAUGGCAGUCGUCCCCGGCUAAACCGCGGCUUUUCGUAUGCAGAGGCUCCCACAGACUCA